UGGACUGUGACUAGAUAUGAUGACAUCCACGGAUAUUCUUUAAACUAUUUUCUAUGAGUUUUUAGAUGAAUAAAUUUUCCCAAGUUGCUAAUUAUAAAUAAAGAAAUAUAAUCUCGUAAUAUUAAUUGAAAUAAACCCCGAUCGUAAAUUCAUAAAACGGUAUAAAGAAAUUAAGAUUAGCAAGCACAAUCCCAAUGUUGUGCUACUUCCAAAACCAUGGUAACCAGUGGUUUACACGCAAAUUACAAUUAUCACGGUAUUAAAAUAAUAACAAAUUUGUUAUUAAUAUUGUGCAAUUAUACAGGAAAACGAUGAUUUUAAGCAGAUCGAAGCCUGCUCUUCAAACUGUCAAUGACUACACUAAAGAAUCUGGAAAAAGUAAUGUUAAACCAUCAUCACCCUUUGAGGAUUAUCUGAAAAAGAGGGAUUAUUCAGGAGCUAUUACUUUAUUAAAGUUCAAUCAUUUUCCUGAAAGCAAGAAAGCCACAGUAGAUGAGUGGUUAGCAUUUUGUGCAUUUCAUAGAGGAGAUUACAAAAAAACCUUAAGUAUCUACAAAAAUCUUUUAUCUGUUAAUCCAGAAACGGAGAAUUAUUUAGUAAAUGCAGCAUGUUGUUUAUUCUACUUAGGCAUGUACGAAGAGUCUAAAGAACUUUUGCAAACAGCUCCUCAGAGUGGAUUAAAGACUAGACUUAACUUCCAUCUCUCCCAUAAAUUAAGGGACGAGGCAACUCUAAUGGAAUAUCACCAACAACUUCAGGAUAUUUUAGAAGAUCAACUUAGUUUGGCAGCAAUUCAUUAUUUGAGAGCUCAUUAUCAAGAAGCCAUUGACAUUUACAAAAGAUUACUUUUACAAAAUAGAGAAAACAUCGCUUUGAACGUAUAUGUAGCACUUUGCUAUUACAAACUGGACUAUUACGAUGUUUCACAAGAGGUUCUUGGAAUGUACCUUAACAGAUAUCCUGAUUCGGUGAUAGCUACUAAUUUAAAGGCGUGUAACACUUUUCGUCUUUAUAACGGAUCUGCAGCAGAAAAUGAGCUCAAAAAUAUAAUAGAUCAAAGUAAUCAUGUUGGUUUUGGAUAUGACUUGUUGAAACACAAUAUGGUAGUUUUUAGGGAUGGAGAGGGAGCCAUGCAAGUAUUUCUUUCAUUGCUAGACGUAGUGCCAGAAGCCAGAUUAAAUUUGGUCAUACACUAUCUGAAAAAUAAUGAUAUUAAGGAAGCGUUUGACUUACUAAAGGGUCUACAGCCCGCCGUUCCACAGCAAUAUAUUUUAAAAGGUGUCGUCAAUGCUGCUCUUGGACAAGAACUGAAUUCCAUGGAACAUAUAAAAAUAGCAGAAGAAUGUUUUCAUUUAGUUGGUAGUUCUACCAGCGAAUGUGAUACUAUUCAUGGAAGACAGUGUAUGGCAGCGGCCUUUUUUCUUGCUAACCAAUUUGAAGAUGUACUGGUCUAUUUAACAUCUAUCAAAAGUUAUCUACAUUCAGAUGAUACUUUUAACUUUAAUUUCGGGCAAGCCAAAGCAGCUUGUAAUCAAUCAAAAGAAGCCGAAGAAAUAUUCCUCUUGAUCAGUGAUCCUCGGAUUAAGAAUGAUUACGUCUACAAUUCGAAUUUAUGCAGAUGCUACAUAAUGAACGAUAAGGCACAACAAGCUUGGGAACUAUAUAACAAAAUGGACAAUAACUCGGACAAUUUUAAUUUGUUGCUCUUAAUAGCCAACGACUGUUACAGAAUGGGAGAUUUUUGGUAUGCAGCUAAAGCGUUUGAUCUGCUAGAUAAAAUUGAACCUAAUCCAGAGUUUUGGGAAGGAAAACGAGGAGCCAUUGUUGGUGUAUUUCAGGGCGUUAUAGCAAAGAGAUUCCCAGUGGAUAUGUUAGGCGACAUUUUACAACUUCUUAGAAGCUCAACUUCACACCAAGCCGAUCAAAUUGCCAGUGUGAUAAGAAAAUGGGCAAAAGAGCAACGUUUAAGUGUAAAUUAAUUUUAAGUGAAAUUAAAAAAUAUCACCACUUA